AUGAAACACUUCCAGGAGGAUACGAUGCUAAUGCACCAACAGCGUCUCUGUGAAAAGAAUCGCACCGAAAAAUUCACGUGGCUGAAACUUAAAAUGGUCGAAAUGGUCAUGGAAAUACAUAACGAACGAGACAAACAUUUCAUGAUUUACGAUAGGUUGGUCGAAGCGAUAGAUCUUGUACUGGGAACGAAAUGCCGUCAUCGUCAACAAUACUGCUGCGACUGCGGCGAAGAGGCGGACUUGAUGUCGUUUGCCAAACCUACAACUAAAAAUCUGAGAUCGUUCCGAAAUUUAAACACGCUGACAGUAACUGUGGGGUAA